AUGAAAAAUAACUAAGAUAAAGAUAUAGGUCUUAAUGUAGUUUAUUUAAUACAAUAACAUAAGUAUUUAUAGGGAUUAAAGAAAUAGUUUAUCAUAAGAUAGAAAGAAAGUAACUCUUGAUUAAUUCCAUCUUUUAAGUGUCAUAGGAAAAGGGUCAAUAGGAAAGGUUGUUUUAGUAAGAAAAAAGGAUAAUUAAAAAACUUAUGCUCUAAAAGUAAUCAAAAAAACAUAAUUGAUAUAAAAUCAUUAGGUGAAAUAAAUCUAUGCUGAGAGAAAUAUUCUUGUAAUGAAAAAUGAAUUAAUAUUUUUAGUAAAACUGUCAUCAUCCAUUCAUAAUAAAAUUAGAAUAUGCAUUUUAAAAUGAAACAAAGUUAUACUUUUGUUUACAAUAUUGUCCUGGUGGAGAACUAUAUAAUUUAUUAGUUUAAAAAAAUAAAUUAACUGAAGAACAGUAAAUAAGUUAUUAAUAAACAAAGAGCACAAUUCUAUGCAUCUUAAAUAGUCCUGGCCUUCCAUUACUUACAUGAAUAAGAUAUAAUAUAUAGAGAGUAGAUUUGUUUAUUAAUUAAAUUAGUUUAAAACCAGAGAAUGUGUUGAUUGAUUCAGAAGGUUAUAUCAAAUUAACAGACUUUGGAUAUUCUAAAUAAGGUAUUUAAGGUAAUUUUGGAGCACAUUCAAAAUGUGGAACAGCUGAAUAUUUAGCUCCAGAAUUAUUAGCAGGUAAUCAUGGUAAAGCAGCAGAUUGGUGGACAUUUGGUACAUUAAUUUAUGAAAUGGUAAUUGGUGAACCAGCAUUUUAUGCAGAGACUAAAGAGGAAUUAUUCAAUUAAAUUCUUCAUUAAGAAAUAAAUUACAAAAAAAUAGGUGUUUCAUCUCAAUUAAAAGAUUUAUUAUCAAAAUUAUUAUAAAAAGAUCCAAAUUCUAGAAUUAGUUCAGCAAGCGAAGUAAAUAUUAAUAUAAUAUUAAAUAGGUUAAAAAACAUCCAUGGUUUAAAAAUAUAGAUUGGGAUAUGAUUUUAAAUAAAUAAGUUCCUCCUGUAUUUCUUCCAUAAUUAAAUAGUGACGAUGAUGUUCAAUAUUUUGAUGAAGUAUAGCAUUUCUCUUAAAAUCUAGUGUUUUCUAAAAGAACUUAUUUUCUCAUAACCAAAUUCAUUAUCAACAGAAGAAUAAUUAUCUAGUCUCAAUUAAGGAUUUUCUUAUUCUGCAUCUCCUCCACAAAAAGAAGAAUAAUGGGAGUUUUGA